CAGGCAGACACCUCCUUCCCUAACAGCUCCUUAAAGGAAAAAAAAAAGAUUGCAGCGCAGACUUUCCCGGGAGUUUUUAGACUUCCUCGCUGCCCGACCCUUGGAGAGGAGGCGACGGCGGCGAUCGGGGGAGAGGAAGAGAAGGCAGCGCGUCUCCCGCUCGAGCCUCUGCAGCCUGGCGGCGCCCCGGGAGCAGCGUCCCGACCCCCGAUGAGCCCCCGCCGCGCACUUGCAACGACCCCCGGGCGCCUGGGAUCGCUGCUGCUGCUUUGCACCACCGGGUAGGAUGUGGUGAAAGGAUGGGGCUUCUCCCUCCCGGGGCUCACCAUGGCCAGAGAAGAUUCCGUGAAGUGUCUCCGCUGCCUGCUCUACGCACUCAAUCUGCUCUUCUGGUUAAUGUCCAUCAGUGUGUUGGCAGUCUCUGCGUGGAUGAGGGACUACUUAAAUAAUGUUCUGACCUUAACUGCAAAAACAAGGGUAGAGGAGGCGGUCAUCUUGACUUACUUUCCUGUGGUUCAUCCGGUCAUGAUUGCCGUUUGCUGUUUCCUUAUCAUUGUGGGGAUGUUAGGAUACUGUGGAACAGUGAAAAGAAAUCUGUUGCUCCUUGCAUGGUACUUUGGCAGUCUGCUUGUCAUUUUCUGUGUAGAGCUGGCUUGUGGUGUUUGGACAUAUGAGCAGGAAAUUAUGGUUCCAGUACAGUGGUCAGACAUGAUCACUUUGAAAGCCAGAAUGACAAAUUAUGGUGUACCUAGAUAUCGGUGGCUGACUCAUGCUUGGAAUUAUUUUCAGAGAGAGUUUAAGUGCUGUGGAGUGGUGUACUUCACAGACUGGCUGGAAAUGACGGAGAUGGACUGGCCCCCAGAUUCCUGCUGUGUAAGGGAAUUCCCAGGAUGUUCCAAACAGGCCCACCAGGAAGAUCUCAGUGAUCUUUACCAAGAGGGUUGUGGGAAGAAAAUGUAUUCCUUUUUGAGAGGAACCAAACAACUGCAAGUGCUCAGGUUUCUGGGAAUCUCCAUUGGCGUAACCCAGAUCCUGGCCAUGAUUCUCACCAUUACUCUACUCUGGGCUCUCUAUUAUGAUAGAAGGGAGCCAGGGACAGAGCAGAUGAUGUCCCUGAAGAAUGACACCACUCAGCACCUGCCAUGCCACUCAGUAGAACUGUUGAAGCCAAGCCUGUCUAGGAUCUUUGAGCACACCUCCAUGGCAAACAGCUUUAACACACACUUCGAAAUGGAGGAAUUGUAGAAUAGAGAGUCCAAAGAAGGAAAAUUGCAGUUUUCUUCUGUUAGACUUGUGGAUUUUUGAGCACAGACUUCUCUGUUGUUUUCAGAUAUGUGUAGAAACAAAACUGUUCCCAGGAAAGGAUGUCUAAGCAUAAUUUUCUGCCCUUGAAAAUGAAGAGGGAGGGGCUAGAGAGAAGAUACAAAGAGUAAGGAGCUUGCCUUGCGUGUGGCGGAUCUGGGUUCAGUUCCCGUCACCCGAUACCGAACCCUGAUCCCUGAGCACAGAGUCAGGAGUAAAUCCUGAGUACUUCCAGGCGUUACCCUUACACUGAAAAAGAAAAAGAGAAGAAAACAAAAUUAUGAGAGAGGGCUCGAAGGGCUGGAGUGCAUUCUUUACUCUGUGGGACUUUGGGGUUCCAAUUCCAGUACUGCUUGAGCCUCUCAGAACCACUGGGAGUAGCCCUCAAACAUGCAGGGUAUUCCCAAUCAAAAAAUUUUGAAUACAUUAUAUGAUGAGGGAAAAGUUCUAUAUUAUAAAACAACACCCAGAAAAUAAUAAUGCCUUUUGUAAUGCCGGGGACAGAUGUAUGAUCUGUGUAAAAUUAAAAACUGAUUAUAGCAGUGGACUGAGGCUUAUGUUUUGUCUUAGUUUGACUGGCAAUUCUGCAUUCGAAUAACGGAGCUGUGCUAUGGUGGGAUUAGAGUUACAAUGAAGUUUGAUUUCCUUCCAUAUGCGUGUUAGUAUAUAAAGUAUUAAUUGCUAACAUAGGAAGUUAAAGACAAUACUAAUGAAUUUUAUUAAUUGUUGAUAUAUUCUUUUUGAGGGUGGAUAGAUUAUAUAUGAGAAAACUCUGAAUAUUGGUGACUACCUAAAUGUGAUUUUUGUUGGUUACUAAAAUAUUCUUACUACUUACAAGAACAAACUAAUACAUGUCUUAAACUGAUCAGGGAUCUGUGUGUAUAUAAGAGUUUGUGUUAAGUCUGUAUAAUUCAGUAUAUUUCAGUUCUUAUAAUGUUGAGAAUAACAGUGUGAAAAGGAUAAAUUUGUCCUGUAUAGUAUCAUUGUUUCAGACUUUUCUGUUGAUAGAGCUUUAAAAAUCUGUCUUGAGUUUAUAUUACAUACAGAACUGUUAAUUUAAAUAGUUAACCACUAAUUUUGAAAAUUUACCAGUGUGAUACAAAAGAAUCAUUAUAAUUCAGAAUGUAGUAUGGUCUCUAGGAAGUAUUAACAAGAAAGUUUACUUAUAACUUAGUUUAUUCAGCAAAGACUUGAAUGCCCCCUUUAUCCUUAAGUCUUUUUGACACAAACACUUUUUUAAAAAAGAACUUAUCUUUGCCCUUUCCAAACAAGAAGCAACAAUUUUCAAGUCUGAAUAUAAUUCUUCAAAGAAUAGUUGUUCUCUUUCUCCAGAAAUAUGCUAUGGGAAUCAUUAAAAAUAAGUGACAACUUACUGAGAUUUUUUUCUUUAUUUCAGUAAUUAAGAUACUGUGGUGAAUUAAGCCAAUUGUGAAAUUUUUUUACAAGAGUAAAAUAUAUUUAUUUGAAAUGGGAAAAGUGCAUUUUACUGUAGUUUGUGUAUUAUGUUUAUUUCUCAAAAAAUGGAAAGAAAAUGUGUCAAUAAAUAUUUUCUAGAGCAUAAUAUUUGGUGUAAAAUGGAAAGAAAAUGUGUCAAUAAAUAUUUUCUAGAGCAUAAUAUUUGGUGUCUAACUUUAUGCAUUGCAAAUAUUUUUAACACUUGAAGCAAUUAACAAAAGGAGAAAAUUGAGUAAGAUAAUAACAAUUUCCAGAUUCUGAAAAUAAUUGUUAAGAGUAUGUAC